UAACAGGAAGUGGAAGCGCUGCCAGCAGCGGCAGUCGAGAAGGAUUUAUUGUUUUCUUAUUUUUAGGUGAAAGUGGUAUUCCUUUCCAGCCCCUCUUUAUCACAAGAGAGCACAAAAGGAAGCACUUGUGGGCGGGGUUGAGAGUGGGACAGAAACUUUAAUGGAAGGAGGAGGAUUUGCAGACAGACGAGACACUUUGUAGCGGUCACCUCUUGAGUAAAGCUACACAGAAUGGCAGUGCACAGGACAAAGGCUGAGGCCUUGGUGAAAUGGAUUAACAGUCUUAAAUUGUCAAAAGAAGUUGAAAAUCUGUCAGAUCUCCAGGAUGGUGUCAUCUUCAUCAAUAUUGUGUGCAGAAUAAGUGGAAAGGAAAAUGCACAGCAAUUAAUAGAACAGAAAACCAUUGAGGAGAGAUUCCAAUUUAUCUGCAACUUUUUAGAAUGUUCUGAAGUCCAGAAGACUCAGUCAGAACUGUGUAGGUAUAACCCUGCUGCUGGAAGUGUGGUCUCCUGGCAGAAGAUCUUGAACAGCGAGGAUGUGGAACUUGAGAUGGCGAAGGUGGCAGUCUUCUUACUUCAUCUCCAUACCAUGGCCAAACAAAAUCCAUGGGAGUUUGAGUCUCUUGAUAUAGACACCCAGGGUGAACUGGUGGGAAUGCUUCGAUAUAUUCUUGACAAUGAAGAAGCAAUUUAUUUGGAUAAUAACUUGGUCGUGUUCUUGCGGAGUAGAGCCACAUCUCCAGUCGCCCGUCUAUUCAGCGCUAGUUCAGAUGAGACUAAUUCGCCACCAAUUAGUGAGAAAACUGGAGGGCAUAAAACAAAAUUUUUAACAUCCAGUGUGUACAGUUCUGCACCAUCUAACUCUCCUACAUCGCCCAUGCGGGACUUCAUGCAAACCCCAUUAGUCCAAGUGCGGCGCAUGAAGAGACAGCUUGCGGAUGCACGAACACUUCGCGAUGAUUUGGAGAUCGAGCUGACUGAAGCCCGCAAGUUGCUUACCGAGAAAGAAACGCAGAUCUCAAUCAUGCAGCAGAAGAUCGAGCGUCUUGUGAAACUGACUGAGAAACAAACCAGUGAGGAGGAUUCUGAUGAACUCAGCAAUAUGAGGGAUAAACAUGAAAGUGUGUUAAAUCGACUACGUGAUGCUCAGAAGCAAUGCCAGGAUCUGAAAACUGAGAAAAACCAAACCGAACGAAAGAUUGAUAAGCUUGAAGAAGAAAAUGGAGAUCUUUCAUACAAGGUUCGUGACUUGAACAGUCGUCUGGCUCAGUCCCAGAAGGCACUGAAUGAGCUAGCAGAUGAGCAUGAGGCAGCCAUACCCCUUUGGGAGGGAAAGCAAAAGCAGCUGGAGAGUGACCUCUGUGUGACGCUCUCAGACAAGAAAUUAUUGGAAGAAAAAGUACAAAUCCUGGAAGGAAAAAUCUCCUUAAUGGAGGAUCAGCUGAAAGCAGCUGGGGAAAGUUCCAGUGAGAUGAAAGGAGAGGUCAUGGGUGACAUUCUCCAGUUGGAAGUUCUUAAAACAGAAAUAUCACAGUUGACGGCCAAAACUGCAGAACUGGAGCAAGAAAGCUCCCUUCACAAAGAGGAAAAAAGCCAACUUGCUGAGACAAUCCGUAACCUCGAGCAGUCCAUCAGUGACCUAGUUGAACAGAAGGACCAGCUGGAGCAAGAUGCACGGGUUCAGGAAGAUAGGCUCACUGGGCAGCUAGAUGCCUUGAAUGUGGAGAUAAUGAAGCUGAAUAAUUCCUUGAUGCAGAAGGACCUGGAAUUGGAAGAGGAGAAGAAACUGAGGCGCCAGCUGGCCGAUGAUUCACAAAGCAAAGAGAAGACUGUCCUUGAUCUUGACUCCAAGGUACAGACGCUUAACGAAGUCCUGCGAUCAAAAGAAGAGGCACUUAAAAUGCUCGAGAAAGAGGUGAGCGCUGAGCGCGAGAACAUGUCACAGCAAGUGGCUACCCUGAAAGAGGAGUCCCAGCAGAUCAACAAAGAGAAGGCUUCCAUUCUCUCUCAGUAUGACACAUUAAAGACUGAGAAGGAGGCUGAACUGAACUUGCUCACUGAAGAAAUUAAAGCUUUGAAAAGUAACCAGUUGGAAAUGGAAGACCUAAGGAGUGAGAAGGACAGUUUAUCACAGAAGGUGCAAGAGUUAUGCUCUGAGGUUGCAGAGGUAGGCUCCAAAAACCAGAGCCUCCAAUCUGUCUGUGAAACCCACAAGCAGAGACAUGCUGAAGAGGUUGCCGCUCUUAAAAUAAAGUUGCAGGAGACUGAAGGCAUGCUGGAGGAGCACCGGAUCAGAUUGGCAGGUCUUGAUGCCAGCGCUCAGAACGUCAAGAACCUCCAAGAGCAGCUCACUUCCCUGCAGGGGACAGUAGAAGCAUUAGAAAAUGAGAAGAAGCAAUGGGAAGAGGGGCAUGCCCGAGAAGCUGAGCGCUAUUCCCAACUGGCAAAUGAAGUGAAGGGGCUGACAGAGGAACGUAAUCAGGCGAGAACCCAGUUAGCUGAAGAGCUAAAACGUCAGGAGGUGGUUGGAGCUCAAAUGAAACAGACCAUGGAUGAACAGGUGGAAAGAUGUAGCACGCUGCAGAGUGAGCUUUCUGAUGCCCUGCGGAAGGUUGAGGAGAAAGAGAAGGAAGAAGCAAGGCUUUGUGAAAACGUAGCAUCUUGGAAGGAAAAGUUUGAGGUGGUUCAGCAUAAGCAGGUUCAGGGAGAUGAGCUUAUUGCGUGCUUAAAGGAAGAGCGAGAAAAAGCCCAAGCUGAGCUGUCGGAAGAAAAGGCCAAGAGCAAUGAGCUUGAGACGAGGAUAAACCAGUUGAAUAAUGAGGAAGAGAGGAAGGCCUCAGCACUGGAGAAAGAUCUUUGUGAUGCACUGUCACAAAUUAAGGAAAAAGAGGCUUUGAGAGACCAGGCUCAGGCUGAGGUGUUGAGCUGGCAGGACAAGUUUGAGACUGCUCAGAAGGAAGCAUCUCAGCGCCUGUCACAGGUGGAGGAGGCGGCCAGACAAAACUCGCACAAGCGAGACCAAAUAGAGAAGGAGCUCUUUGAGGCAAGAGAAAAGGUGGCUCACCUUGAGGACCGGGUGAACCAGGCAGGCAGCAAGCAGCAAGACCAGAUCUCAAAGCUGGAGGCUGAUCUCGCCAAAGCACGACAAGUGGCAAGAGAGGAGGCAGUGCAGAGCGAGGAACUUCGUGGAGAGGUUGAGGCAUUGCACAGCCAGCUGGCGGAGCUGAGGAAAUCCCAGUCUGAGUGCAUGGCCAGGGUGGAGGAAAAGCAACACAAACUGUCAGAGGAGAAAGAUGCAGCCAAGGUGGAACUGGAGGCUGAGAGGGCAAGCAAGCUUGAUAUGGAGACUAGGCUGCAGCAGUCUAUCAAUGAGCAGCAGGAACGCCUUGUGGUACUGCAAAGUGAGGUCUCCAGUGCCCGCACCGCCAGAGAGGAAAUAGAAACUAAGGAGAAACUGAUGAGGAGUGAAAUUGAGAGAUGGCAGGAUCAGAGCAGACACCAGCAAGCGAGGAUCAAUGAACUCCAAACAGAGGUGUCAACCAUGAAAAACAUGAAGGAAAAAAUAAUCAGCCAGGAAAGGGAGAUGCUGCGCUAUGCAGAGGUCCUGAGUAAGAAGGAGGAGGAGUUACAUGAGCUCAGUUCCAAACUAGCAGCAGGUGACGAUGCAAUCCGACAGCACAAACAACGAAUGGACUCUGCUGAGAAGGAGCUGUCCAAAUCCCGCAACCUCUGCCAAGAGAGGCUGAGCAGUAUUGAGGCACUGAAAUCUCAGGUAGCUGAACUAGAGCUGAAGUGCAAAGGACAACAGGAUGUCAUUGCCCGGCUGGAGACAGAGAAAACGGCACAAGGUUCUCACAGUCAUGAGCACAUGACAGCGUUACAAGGAGAACUGUCAUUAGUCCGUGGCUUGCUGAAGGAGAAAGAAUCAAUGGAAAGGGCCUUGAAGGAAAAGGUGUCCCUGCACCUGGAGGAACUUGCAAAACAGAAGGAAAAGGUUCGCGCCCUUGAACUGGAAAUCCCAACCUGGCAGCUGAAAUCCUCAGAAGAGCAGAAGGAAAACGCGAAGCUGAGAGAUAAGGUGGCUGUACAAGUGGAGGUGUGCAGGAAGCUGCAGGAAACCAUAGAUGCUUUGAGGGCAGAGCAAGCUUCUGAGGCACAAAAGAGAAACUCAGCAGAAGAAGCAACAAAGCUCCAGAACACAACCCUUAAAAUGGAGAUUGCUGCCCAAAAGCAGGCAGCUGAGAAGCUUCAGGAGGAGCUGACUGCUAGGAAGCUGGCAGAAGCAACGCUAGAACGCCAGGCACAAGCAGACAAAGAACAAAGUGUUCAAAUGGAACAGGAGUUACUCCAGCUGCGUGGCCAGAUGGCAGAGAUCCAGUCCACAAUGCGGGCAUCUGAGUCACAGCACCAGGGAGAGCUCGAGCAACAGAAGAAGCUGCUGAAUGAGUUGAAGGCAGAGACCAGGCAGCUGCCAUCCUUAAAGGAGCGCUGCAAGGAGCAAGAGCGGGAGAUACAGCGACUCCAGCAGAGCAGCAGCCAGCUGAGCUCUGAAUCUGGUCUGGCCUGCGGGAAGCUGGAAGCUGAGCUGGCCAGGGCCCGAGAGGCACAUGCCAAAGAGCUGAGCCACCUGAAAUCCUGCCAUGCUGAGCAGGAGGCUGCCAGCAAAGCCAAAGAGGAAGAGAGCCGGAAAAGAGUGGAAGAAGCGACCAGCAAGUAUGAGAAAGCAAAACUCAUGGUCCUGGAUGAGCGACGCAGGUUUCAAGAUGAGCAGCAAAAGUUGAGCACUCAGGUUGAAGAACUGCAGAAGAAGUUGGCCACAGAGAACCAGAAGGUUGUGGAACUGAAUCAGAAGCUGGCCCAGCAGGACACAACAGCUAAAAGUAAGCUUCAGAAACUCAAGGCACGUGAUAGCGAUGCGCAGGAGAAACUGGAGCAGCAGGUGGAGGAACUCCAUGCACAGCUCGAGAAGAAGGAGGAGGUUGUGCAGCACGUCAAGGCCCAGCUGGAUAAAGCAAAGACUCAUUACGACAGCAAAAAGGUGCUGAAUCUUGAACUGACACAGAAGUUGGAGGCCAGCAAGAAGGACGUCACUGCCCUAGAAGAACAGCUGACCACAGUGAAGCAGGAAUGCGUGGACCUCCGCACGGAGUCUGAGCAGCUGCGCCAGGACCUCCAGCAGUCGGCAAAGGAGUUGAAGGAAGCUAACCAGAAGAACAAGACCCUCUCUGCACAGGUGGACUUCACUGACCGGCAGUUAAGGGAACUCAAGUCAGGUCAGACCACUGAAUCUGUGAAGUCACGUGUUGACACCCGCAGAGGUUCAUCGCAGGCUGAAGAAUCAGAAGCUGAUUUCAGCAAGGACAGCAUCGAGCUGAGUGACUUGGAGGAGACAACGAUGACAUGGGAGAAUACUGGGGGCAGGAGAGGGAAGCAGGCUUACAAGACUCCUGUCGCAGCUCAAAAGAGAGCAGGAUCUCGUGCUGCACAGAAACAGCGUGGUAGCCAAGAGUCACUGGAGUCUCUGUACUUCACCCCACUGCCCAGCCAUAACCAGUCCAAAAUGGACAUCAGCCUCAGCUCUCUCGGUGACCUGAGUCUGGACUCUGGCAAGAAAACCCGCUCUGGGCGGAGACGCACAACUCAGGUCAUCAACAUCCUCAUGACAAAGAAGGAGACAGUUGACCAAGAGGGAGCCAGCACUUCAAGCACUUCAGUCCUGGGCACCCGGUCAUCCACUUCUCAACCUAACCUCUUGGGUCGGCCUUCCAGGGGAGGUCGGAGGAAUCGGCCCACCUCCACCAUCUCUCUUCCAAUCAUUGAUCGCUCCAUGUCACAGGACUCGCUGGACAGCAGCAGCAAUGCAGAGGACCUGGGAGCCGCUACCCUAAUGAAUCUGCCAGGCUACCGGCCAUCAACCAGGAGGUCUACCAGGCUGUCCACAUUCGGCAGUGUUGCCUCAGGUUCAAGCAGUUUGUACCCAGGAAGCUGCCAGGAUGAACCUGAUCAGCUGGAAGACUGGAAUCGGAUUGCUGAACUGCAGCGACGGAACGGGGUAUGUCCCCCACAUCUGAAGACCUCCUAUCCCUUGGAGUCCAACACUGCUACCAAUGAAUCGAUGAUCACUGAGGAUGAGCUGAGACUUGGAGACCCACAGGAGACUCUCCGAAGGGCCACCCUGCUGCCUCAGCAGAUAAAGGAGAUGAGCACCAGCCGUCUGAAGAGGCUUUCCACUGACUCUCAGGGGUCCAACUGGAAAGGUGUCACCACUCGCCAGCGCAAACGGCUGUCAGAGGAGUCACACCAGGGAUCAGGUACCCCAGAGGCCAAGAAGCAACUGAGCUGUUUUCCUCGCCCCUUGACCCCAAAGGAAAAGGUGAAACGUGUCCACUCCCUGUUUGACAGUCAGGCCAAGCGUCCGACUCCAAAUAAGGCCAAGAACCAGACUGAUAGACGAAAAUCGAUAUCUUACACCGUCUUGAACACGCCUCGGAAGUUAGGCAACACCCUGCUAAGAGGCAUCAAUAAAAGGGCGACUCCCAAGAAAACCCCAAAGAAAUCGCCCAAGAAAUCUCCAAGAUCAAAUUCUAAAAAGGAUGUUGGCAGACGCAAAGCAUCCAAGAACAUGAAGAUGUGAGUGUUAGGUGGGUGUUUGGUGAGAUCCCUGAGCAGAAACCUAACCUGCCCAGGACUGGAUGUUUGUGAAGACCCAUUCUGCCCGGAGAAUGACCAGACAAACUGCUGGCUUAUUCUUUUAUUUUUUUUAACAAAACAAUUUGCCUUAAGAGUGAUUAACGAAGUCAGACUCCACACCAGUCAGCAUAGAGUACAGUAGUUGCAGGAGGGUGAGUUAACUAUUCACUCCUGCCUCUUAGUUUUGAAUGCUCAUACCGGUUACUCAAGUAUUAGGAUUGCAGCUGAACUUUCUAUCAAACUAUAUUUCUUACGUCCUUUUGCAAGCCUUGCCUGUUGUAAAUUUUCCAGUUGGUGCUUUUGAAGCAGUUUUCUCCUUCGAUAGGCCAUACAGUGGUAGCCGAUGUCACCUCUCCGUCUUGUAGAAAGCAGGUUUGUGCACAUAACUUUAUAAAGAAAUGCUUCCAGGUUGAGUCCCAACACCCUCAGCAGGGUGGGGUGGAGUUGGAGACUGAGUUUACCCAACCUCUGGUGGACUUUAUUCCUGUACCCCAUCAUUCACCCCUACCUUCCCCAGAGCACUUUUUGAACCUGUCUGAAUUGGUGGAAGUCCAGAUACCUUGCAUCCCCUACUCUCUCAUCGGGUCUGAUACUUGACACUCCCACUGUAUGGCUUCAUCUUUGAGCAUCCCUGUAGCUAGUUAGGUUGUAGCUGUUGAGCGUUAUGACUAUACAGGAGACAAGGAUUAUGAAAACCUGACCUAGUAACCUGUCUAAAAGAAGGAAUGUAAGUGAGUGACUGUCUAUCAAUUGAGAAUGUCUGAAGGGUGGUAUUAAUUGCUGACUUCCCGAAGUCUUUUCUGGCUAUUUUAUCAUCUUGUUCUCUCUCACUAUAAUGUCCCUCUGCUUUCAUUUUCAGCUGCCACUCUGCUGCAAGUGACAUUAGGAAGGAAAUAACAAAACAGUUUCCUGGAGACUAGACUGGCAUUGUUAUUAGUGACAUUAAUUUCAACUCCUGAUGUUAGUGUGUGCAGUGUUUGUAACAAGCACAGCACAAUAGAGACUUCUUCAUGAGGUCGCAAUAGAACAAAAUGUGGAGAAGAAAAUAGACAGAAAACUUUGCAGGGGUCUGCAGUCUCUUCCUCUCUCCUCCUCCUCUCCCCCCCCCCCCCCCCGACACCCCUACCCCUUCCCUCCCCACAAAAUCCUGUUCAGAAUGAAAGUGUCACAAGUGCCAUCUUUUGUCUUGGGAGCUGGAUUAAAUCCUUUGGCUCCCUCACAUUACCACUCGUUAAUUUUACUCAAUGGUAUCCCAAUCAUCUGCUCCACUUAUUACUUAGUGAGUUUGAGGGAAUAAAUAUAUUAUUUGUUGAUUUCCUUUCAGCCCCUCUAUACAAGCUGGGACUUGCUGUUUGCAGGUCAUUUUCUCUUUUUUUUUCUCUCUGUAUUGUCUGCCUGCCUUCCACUGUGGAAGAGGCCCAGCUCUCCCAGGGCCACUGUCUGUAGAACACUAAAUUAAUCCUAGCAGUGUUACAGACGUAUCCUUUCCGGUCUUGGAUCUAGACUUGUACAGCCCUUGGCUCCUGUAUACUGCAAUGCUAGGUUAUGUAUAUGUAGUCAUUAUUAAUCAGUGAUUGUGUGUUUAUUAUGAUAAGCCUGUUUUAAGCUAUUGUAGGUUUUAUGAAGUUGAAUAUUGGAUUCUAAAGACACAGCUAAUUUCAGUCACCCUCACUACAGGGCACUGAGCUGGUAAUGAAAUCCUAGUUGGUUCAGAGCAAAAUUUAUUUAAUUUUUUUAUGAUGCCUGAUGCCAGUCUGGGAACCAUUUUAAAUCCUAUUAUCAAUAAACAAAACUCUUAAGAAUCUGACCAGAUCUGUCAGUACUGGAGAAACAGAGAUUGUGUUUGUGUGAGAAACUUUUGAAAAGUCCAGUUGUUUUGAAGAGAGGUUGGAGAGAAAGUUGAGUUGUGUCCAUGUGUUUGCAUGUAUGCAAGUGUGUACAGAUGAUCAUAAGCACUGUGGUGAAAGGUGAGGCGAGUCAUGCAUUGCAUUGAAGUUGAAGCCACCAAGAUUUGCAAAGUGGAUCUGCCCUUGUAAUGGGUUCCAUGGGGACUGAGUGCCGGUGACUCCAAGAAUCCCAGCACCCAUGGUCACCACGAAAAUGGGCUUCUAAAAAUAAAAGUGUAUAAACUGAUACCUCCAUCUGGUUGACUCCCUGAUCACAACUAGCUUUCAGCAAGCUUUGUCCACGCCCUCUAUAAGAGCACCGAUGGAAUGAUAGUUUGAUGGCAGUAUGCACUGUAUGGGUGAAGGAGGGAUUGUAGGUUGGCAGCACUGAAGGAUUUCACACCAAGCACACAUCUGCCCUUUGUCUCCCUUGCUGCUGUUGGUCCAGAGAUUGAGAAUUUUUUCCCAGUUUAAAUUUCAUUGCUUCCCAGUGCCUCCUGUAUAUCAACACCAGGCAGCACAAGCAGGAACUACCAAGCACUUGUACAGGUUUGCAAAUCUGUCAGGUUCAGGUAGUGAUCCGCUGGGUAUUUAGUAUUUUGGGGUGUAUGGAAUGGGGGUAGGUGGUCAACAAAGAAUUACCUAGUGGUCCCAUUAUCUGACUGACCUGUUUGCAAACUGGGUUUAUUGUGAUUUCUGUCACUGACUGUCUGAAAUGAUAUUCUAUUUGCUCUCUCUAAAACAGGCUUUAAAAUAUUAAUUUUUUUAUACAAGUUGUUUAGACUGUCUGUCUCUCUCGUGCAGUCCAUCUGAAUGCACAAUGUAAUCUUAAAUGUUGUCUCCACUUAAUAAAAUAAAUGUACCUGUUGCA